GCCGCCCCGCCCCCGCCCCUCGCGCCUGCUCUUACUGCUCCGCGCGCGGGAAAGCGGCUCCUUCUUCGGGAGAACCACUCGGUUGCUUGCUGUCCGAGCGGCGCCUGCUCAUCACCGCCGCCGCCAUGCCUGGAGGUCUGCUUCUCGGGGACGUGGCUCCCAACUUUGAGGCCAAUACCACCGUCGGCCCCAUCCGUUUCCACGACUUUCUGGGAGACUCAUGGGGCAUUCUCUUCUCCCACCCUCGGGACUUUACCCCAGUGUGCACCACAGAGCUUGGCAGAGCUGCAAAGUUGGCACCAGAAUUUGCCAAGAGGAAUGUUAAGUUGAUUGCCCUUUCAAUAGACAGUGUCGAGGACCAUCUUGCCUGGAGCAAGGAUAUCAAUGCUUACAAUGGUGAAGAGCCCACAGAAAAAUUACCUUUUCCCAUCAUUGAUGAUAAGAAUCGGGACCUUGCCAUUCUGUUGGGCAUGCUGGAUCCAGCAGAGAAGGAUGAAAAGGGCAUGCCUGUGACAGCUCGUGUGGUGUUUGUUUUUGGUCCUGAUAAGAAGCUGAAGCUGUCUAUCCUCUACCCAGCUACCACUGGCAGGAACUUUGAUGAGAUUCUCAGGGUAGUCAUCUCUCUCCAGCUGACAGCAGAAAAGAGGGUUGCCACCCCAGUUGAUUGGAAGGAUGGGGAUAGUGUGAUGGUCCUUCCAACCAUCCCUGAAGAAGAAGCCAAAAAACUUUUCCCGAAAGGAGUCUUCACCAAAGAGCUCCCAUCUGGCAAGAAAUACCUCCGCUACACACCCCAGCCUUAAGACUCUUGGAGAAGUUGGUGCUGUGAGCCAGAGGAUGUCAGCUGCUAAUCAUGUUUUCCUGCAGCACUUCCAUAAAAACAUCCUGUUGUCAUCACAGCCAGGGUUUUUAGGUUGCUAUUCUAUUGGCUUAUUAAAUGAAAAUGGCACUAAAAGUUUCUUGGGAUUCUUUACGCUCUGCCUUCACCAGCACUCAAUUCUGUUCAUACAUCAGCACUCUCUCUUGGUUAUCUUUGAAAUACAUUCUGUAUUUAAAACUCAAAUCUUGGAUCUCUGCGGGGCUUGUGAUCAAUGAGGUCACUUUGGUUGAUGGUUAAGAAAGCUUGCUUCGCUCAAUCAGAGAAUAACUACCAAUUUUUUUUAACUGUCCCUAUCACAUCCUCUUGUUUGUUACCCAUUUUGAAGAGUGGCAGAAGUUGAGGCUGUAAAUAUCCAAGUAUGUAACCCAGAUGCUCUUUAGUAUUCUGUGUUUUUAUCACAGCUGGGUGAAAAAAGCUUUUUAAUUCUGUACCUUUCCAGCAGAUAAGAGCAGGGGAAGAGACCUUUAAAUAUUUUCCUCUAAAAAAAAUUGUGAUCAGUUUCUAUCAAAAUGGGGAGACUGCAGAAAAGCCUUCCCUUGGCUUCCAAGGAGGUGUAGCAGGUGUGAGCAAUACUAGUGCCGUGUGCCUUUCACACAGGGUUUGCAUUUAUCAGUCUGCUUUCUGAUGAUGUGUAUGUGAAAGAGGACACCAUGUGAAGAGAAGAGAGAAUGAUUGAAAAUGUUUUCUUAUAGAACUCUUGCAGUGGGUUGCUAUUUUCUGGAUUUUACUUUUUAGGGGACAACAAAUAAAAUCCUUUGUUAAAACUGGG